CUGGAACUGGUCCGGUUUUAGGUGGUUGCGCGGAUACAUGCGGGUACCACCUGCAAACGUCAGCCAUAGAGCUGGUGUGUCCAGUGUCAUGGCUCGUUUCGGGCACCGACCGAACCGCAGUCGAAGAUCCAAUGUGCGAAGGUGGCAGCAUGGCAAGAGAUGGUCCUGGACCAACCGAGCACCCGGAUGGAGCGAGGGGGAGCAGCCAGGCCCUCCGAUAGAGGUGUGGAAGGGUACCACAAACUGGGCCAAGGAGGCGCAAGAUUGUGGAUGGACAUUCGCACUCCCGGGGGAAUCUUGGCUGAAAGAUUUUCCUGGACUGCUAAAGCAUGAGGACGAGGCGCAAGAAAGUGGAUCGACAUCUACACUCCCAGAGGAACCUUGGCUGAAAGAUUUUCCUGGACUGCUAAAGCAUGAGGACGAGGAACCUUGGCUGAAAAAUUUUCCUGGACUGCUAAAGCAUGAGGACGAGGAACAGACGACCGCCACUGCCUGUGACCAUAGCUGGUGGAGGAAGGAGAAGCCGCUGUGCCAGGCGCAAGAAAGUGGGUCGACAUCCACGCUCCCAGAGGAACGACCUUGGCUGGAAGAUUUGCCACUAAAGUAUGAGGACGAGGCCCCAAACCAUUCUGACCGGACGGUAGAAGAACCAGUGAUUCCAGUGAAACUCGACUCGUGCCCAACGAUGCUCGCGCCUGCAGCCAAGGAGGCCCUGGAUUCUGCCCAGAUGGCAGCUGCACCUGUGCCACCAAAGGCAGCGAUUCCUGCGGGAUGGGCUUGGCAUUUCUUGCAGGAGGUUCAGGAGGCUUUGCGGACUGAAGGUGUUUCCAACUUCGAGAACUUCACACCAGAAGACACCGAACAGUUUCUGACAAGAUGGAAAGAUCGUCUCAAUUUGGGAGACAUCAGUCAGCUUCGCAAUGGAUGCAAUGGUGUAGACAGUGUACACAGUGUACACACUGCACCUUGGCAGUUGGUUCCUUGCCCUGAGAAACGAGGUGCAAAGAGGCAGCACAGCAGCGACCACCUACCGGAUGCAAAACGUGCAAGACCAAUGAUCGCCCAAGUGAUGGCUCAGCCACAGCAGCAAGAAGUUUGUUUCCGAGAGCAAGUUUGCUACCAGAUUCUGGAAGUUGACGAAGUGUUCUUUUCGCAAAGGAAGAUGUCUCGAAGGUUCAAGGACGGAAGAUACGUGGAAGAGUUGCUGGACGAUCUGUGGCAGGGCCGCGCUCAUCCGCUGGACGAAUUCCUGCAUUUGGAUGUUGUGGAGCGUCCAUACAGUGGAAAAUACCGACUCUUCAGCAACCACAACAGAAGAUUGUGGUGCCUGAAGCAGCACAAACUGAACUUGGGCGGUGAGGAGGUCUAUGUGCGCUGCAAGAUUGUGCCCAAAGAAACGCUGAGGCAGGUUCGAACAAACCAGCGCCAUUUCGAUACAAGAAAUGGAGGGCAAUCCAUUAAGCUUCGAGAUUAGGCCCAUCCAUCCAAAAAGGCACCCAAGUGCACUCAUUUGAUAUUGAAUUUUAAAGAUAUUUCUCAGCAUUCCGCAAUCGAAACCAAGCCCCCCAAGCCCCCCAAGCCCUGUGAGCCCUGUCAUACCACACAUGCGGAGUGCAGCUGGGAGCUUGGUGGGGAAUGCAAUGGAGCACUUUCCAUUGGGGAUCCGGAACAAAUCCUGCACCGUCCUCAUAUUUCGUUGCAUGCCACGGCGACCAUUUUGUCAGCCACUGGAGGAACAUGAUCCAUAGAAAAAUCCAGGAUUUUCCGAUUUCGGCUGGACUCGAG